AUCCCUGGCCCUUUCUAGCUCUUCGUUUCCCUCUCCUCCUCAGGAUCUCCGCCCUCCUCGCCCGCCCGCCCUCCCGCUGCUCUCCUCCCCCCUCCGGCACCGGCACGCCCAGUCUCCCAGCGUCACCGGGAACCGGGGCCCGCCCCCAGCGAUGAUCCAGCUGCUGUUCGCGCUGCUGGCCGCGGAGGCGGCGCUGGCGCUGUCGCUGCUGUUCCGCACGCCCGCGCGCCGCCUGGCGCUGCUCGCCCUCGACCGCGCCAAGCGCGGCCGCGGGCCCGUCAUGGCCAGGACCGUCGCGGCCACCAUGCUCCUCGUCCUCGCCUCCUCCGGGUACAGCGUCGCCAAGAUCAGGCGCCGCGCGGGGGAGCUCGGGCAGCUCACGCCCACGGACCAGGUGCUUGCGAGCCGGCACCUCCUCGAGGCGUCGCUCAUGGGAUAUUCUCUGUUUCUGGGAUUGAUUAUUGAUCGGCUACAUCACUAUAUUAGAGAGUUGAGAACUAUGAAGAAAAACAUGGAGGCUGUUACAAAACAGAGCCGGACAUUAGAAGAAGCAAAACUUGGAGGCGCGGAAGAGAUUCAAGGAUACCAGAAAGAGAUUGCAAGUUUGAAGGAACAAGUGCAAAUACUCAAGGAUCAGUCACAAAAGAAAACAGAGGAACUAAAAACUGCAGAAGCAAAUUCUGUGGCUUUACAGAAACAAUCUGAAGGUUUACUUAUGGAGUAUGACCGUCUAAUUGCAGAGAAUGGGGAUUUGAGGAACCAGCUGCAGUCAAUUGACCUCCGCAUGUCCCAUUCCGACUGGAAGAAGAAUUUGUAACAGAAUUUCAGCAAUUUUGAAGAGCCUGAUGUACUGUAAAUUUUGGGCCUAUAGUGUCAACUGCACCCGGUUUUGUAUUGGGUAUUCCAGUGUUUCAUAAUCACUUAUGUAAUUGAGUAGAUGGAUGACAUGUAUUUAUGUGCGGAUCAUUAUGCUGUAGGGCCUUGUUAUAGAUAUACUUCACUUUUGCAUUAUGAUGCUUUCGACAUUCUUCAGGUAUUACUAGGUAUUUGUGAAAUAACAUGUUUGACUCCUAAUUUGUUU